AGCUCAACCCCAUGUUACCUGAUAGCAUCUCCCAAGUCAGCCCCCUUAGCCAUGUCCAUGUGUGAGUAGUUAUCAGUCAAAGUUUCCGAUCCGAAUCUAAUUGUUUCUUAAGUUUCGCCCACUAAUCUAAUCCAACAUUAAUUUUUCCUAUUAUUAUUUACUUCUUAUAUUCUUGAUUAAUAAUACUAUCUUUUUUUCUUUUGGUGGAACGUGUUUAAUAUUACCACACCAUAUAAUUUAUGUCAAUUUAAUAAUUUACUUUAAUUUCCAUGAACUGGCACUCGAUUCAAGGAGAAGAGUUUUGGUGAUCUGCUUCAAUUUUCAUUAAAAGAAACUUUUAAGGUUAAAGGGGAAUCGUAAUUAAUGUUAGAUAGGCUGGCCAAGAACAUGGAUUUUUAUUAUCUUCCUUAAUUUGUCUUUUGCUCGUUUUUCAUUCACACUUUCAGAAUUGUGAAAUAGGAAGGACACCCCCACAUGGAAGAAAACCAGAGUGAGUGCAAAGUACCCCAUCCUUUGUCCUCUUCAAUCUCUCAAUUUCUUCUUGCAUAGGCAAAGUAAAAGAAAAACACCCUUCUUUCUUCCCUCCCUCAUAACCUUCUUUUAUAUAUAGAUUUUCAUUUUUCACCUCCCUAUUUGGCUUUUUUCUGUAGUUUCUUUUUUUUUUUUCCCCCUUUUUUUUUCCUUUUUUUUUUCUUUUUUCUCUGCGAUGAGGAGUUUAGCGACUUGUUACAGCGAGCAUGCCGUUAAGGUAUCGGAUUCGUAUUGUUCAGGGCCUUCAAACCAGUCUUAUCGGUCACCAAAACACAAUUCUUCAAUCCCAAAUGAAGUUACAUGCAUAUACAAUGCAGAGCUCUCCAUCCAAAAACAGCUUCUAAUCACUCUUACAUGGAGGACCAACCUUAUAGGCCAAGGUUUCAAUAUUAAUAUAGGUGACAAUGCCUCCUCCUCUGCCUCCAAAUUGGAUUCCAGUUUUAAGCGAAUCCAAAAGAACAGAGGCUCAAAAACGCUCCAGUUUUGCAAUACGAAAAUUGAAGUCUUGUGGGAUAUUUCUACUGCAAAGUAUGGUAAAGGACCAGAGCCAAUUAAUGGGUUUUAUGUCAUGGUUUUGGCCGACUCAGAGAUUGGUCUACUUCUAGGAGACAAGGAUGAUGAAAUAUUAAAAACUAAGAAGGGAAUUCAGGAGGCAAAAUUUUCACUGGUUUGUCGGAGUGAGCGGUUUUAUGGUAACGCUGUUUAUUCGACAAAAGCGCAGUUCUGUGAUUCAGGAAUACAACAUGAAAUCGUGAUCAAGUGCGAGAGGGAAGAAGAAGAAGAAUUAGAAGGACCAAAGAGCCCUGUAUUGUGUGUCUACAUCGAUAAGAAGAUUGUAUUUCAAGUAAAGAGAUUGAGGUGGAAUUUUCGAGGGAACCAAGCAAUAUUUUUGGACGGUUUGUUGGUGGAUAUGAUGUGGGAUGUUCAUGGCUGGUUUUUCAAUCCAACAUCUGGGUCCGCCAUUUUCAUGUUUAGGACACGAAGUGGGUUGAAUAGCAGGUUGUGGUUGGAAGAGAAGGUUUUGGCGCAGAAAGGGAAAGACAAGGCUGAGUUUUCACUGCUCAUCUUUGCCUGUAAGAAUCCUGACUGAAUUCCCUUGUUUGUUUAUUUGUUCUCCUCCACCUUCCUCGCUUCUUUUCUUUUCUUUUCUUAUUUUUUUAUUGUUUUUUUUUUUUUUUUUCACAUGGUGUACAAAGAAGAAAACUAUAUUAACAUUGACUUCAAUCCUCAUUUAUUUUCAAUGCCUUCUUUUUUUUCAGAAGAAAAAAAAAAAAUAGAAAACAUAGAAGGUCAGUCUUGUCUGGUUACAGAAAAAAUGUAUACUUUACUUGAUGGUAGGGAAAGUUGAGUUGUCACUUGUGAGCUUCGAUUUGUCAAAAUUAUCUGUAAAUGGACUCUCUUUCUUCCCGUGUCUCCCUACCUUUCUCUUGCGCUUCCAAGAAGAAACUUUAUUUAUUUAUUUAUUUAUUUAUUUAUUUCU